CCAAACAAAACAGGCAAAUCAUCCAGAGACAGACUCCACUACACUUCUUCAAGCCAUUGACUUGGAACCUAAAUCCACUCAGAUGGACAUUGUCUGGAAGUUUGGGCAUUAGGAUUUGGAUUGAAGAUUUUGCAUUCUGUCAUUUGGGUUUUUCUUUGGAAAAUUCUAUGUUUAAAUUGAGAUGUGGAUUUUGUAAAUUAUAAGAAGUUAAGGGGAUGAAGAUGUUGCCCAAUCAAAGCUUUUCUCGUAUCGACACUUUGGAGCUGAAAUCGAUGAUUGUUAGAAAGAUUGGGCAUGAGAGAGCUGAGAAAUACUUUGAACUGAUCAGAAGAUUGUUUAGUUUGAAGAUUAGUAAGUGUGAAUUCAACAAGUUCUGCAUUAGGAUUAUAGGAAGGGACAAUCUCCCUCUUCAUAACCGGCUUAUUAGCUCUAUCAUCAAGAAUGCACACCUUGCAAAAGCUCCACCAUUGCCAAGUUUUAGGAAACCCGGAAGCACUCUUACUGUUAAUGUUGCAAACGAAUAUAAGAGGAAUGGAGAUGCAAUUCCUCAAUCCCCUCUGACAGGCCGGUCUGCAGUUGAUGGAGACCACAAGUUUCUUGACCGUCCAACUCCUUUGGGGCCAAAUGGGAAGCCCCAAGGUGUUGCAUAUCAGGAAUCAGUCUCCAAAGCACAUCAAAAUGCUACUGAAUUGCUUUCUCUUGGCAGUAGGCCUCCAAUUGAAGUAGCCUCGGUGGAAGAUGGAGAAGAGGUUGAACAGGCUGCAGGAAGCCCGAGUAUUCAAAGUAGGAGCCCAGUUACAGCUCCUUUUGGUUUAUCUAUGAAUUUGGGUGGAUCACGCAAAUUUCUCCAUAGUGCAUCAGUAUGUCGUACAUACCACCUGGAAACCUGUCAAAACUGCAGUGAGCUACCUGAUACAAGAUCAUUAAAAAGUCGUUUGGAGCGGAAAUUGCAGAUGGAGGGUAUCAAUGCUUCUGUUGACUGUGUUAACCUCUUGAAUAAUGGAUUAGAUGCUUAUUUGAGGAGAUUAAUUGAACCUUGUAUAAGGUUCGCUGGGAUGAGGCAAAGAGAAUCUACUUGUGCAACUAUGUUAGAUUUCCGUGCAUCGGUGGAGUUAAAUCCUCAGAUACUCGGUGAAGACUGGGGCAUACAGCUUGAGAAGAUUGUCUUUCGUGCUUCAGAAGAUUGAAAGAAACUCUACACACACAUUCAAUAGUUGGUGAGAUCCUAAAGUUGGAUAUUACACCCCCGUUAAUCAUGGUUCAGUAUUUUGAACCCUUUAUUUGACCUUAUACGAAUUUCUGCUGCUUCCUGCCAUCGAGUUUUUGCAUUGCCAUACAGAAUGAAGUUGCUGGUUCUGUGGGAGGUUUUUUAAAAUUGUUGUGCCGGUGGCCUGUUGAUAUGAUAAUCUGUUAAACUUCGAUACAAGUAAGAUCUCAUUGCUCAAAGAGUAUUUGACAGAGGUCUUCUGUUAAUUUUGUGUUCCCUUUUUUCUUUUCUAGUGGCUAGUUAUGCUAUUCCAGUCGCAUCAGUGGUUGGUAAAUAGUUGCAUAUCUUUUGUAUGUUCAAAUAUUUAUAUGGAAUUUACUAUUCUUGCUC